UGCUGGUUCUCUUUUUCUUUUUUUUGUUAUUCUUGGUGUCCAGCUCCAUUAUUCUUGUGAUCCUCGACUGUUGUACCCAACAUCGUUUUUCAGAUAAUUGCAAUUUGGGAUCGGUUCCAUAUAUUUUUGUACUCGACGAAUUGCGACCUGAAUCACACGAAUGGCCACCUUCAAAUAUUGCAUGGAAUGCAAUAACUUGCUAUACCCGAGAGAAGACAAGGCAAAUCGCAAAUUGAUGUUUGCUUGCCGUAAUUGUCAGUACGAAGAAGAUGCAGAUAAUUUUUGCGUAUAUCGUCAUGAAAUCAUUCACGCACCUUCCGAGCAAACGAUGGUGCUAGCUGAUCUUAGUGCUGAUCCUACCCUUCCCCGAGCCAACGUUCCUUGUCCGCGCUGUGGGCACCCGGAAGCUGUUUUCUUUCAAUCUUCCUCUAGACGUGCAGACGCCAAGAUGACAUUAUUCUAUGUCUGUGGCAAUCGAGCUUGUGGACAUCGUUGGGUUGGAUAGAUUUUUUUUUCAUCUAUUUUUGUUUGCUCUCUUUUUUGGAUUGCUUUUAGACCUUUUGGGAUUAUCUAUAUAAGACAGACGGCAGAAGCAUGAUGAAUUAUCUUUCAAUUUUCUGAUACAUUUGUCAAUGCUUUGACGUCUCCAGGGAGUUACACUCCACACCUAACAGAGAUUUGUACAUAUUCUA